UCUCUGUGGAUAAGAUCACCGGGCAGCCAUGGAAGAACUUACGGCUUUUGUAUCCAAAUCUUUUGACCAGAAAAGCAAAGAGAGCAGCAGCGGCAGUGGCAGCAGCAACAAGAAGGAGACGAUCACGUACAGGGAAGUUUUGGAGAGUGGGUUGGCUCGCUCUAGGGAGCUUGGAAACUCUGACUCUAACCUGCAGGACAUGACCGAAAGCAGCAACCAUUGCCCGGUGCAUCUUUUCAAAGACCACGUAGAGAGCGACAAGGACAAACUGAAGGAGUUCAGCACGGGCAGGACGGCGGAAGGGAUCUACGAGUGCAAAGAGAAGAGGGAAGAUGUGAAGUCAGAAGAUGAAGAUGGACAGACCAAGCUCAAACAAAGGAGAAGCAGAACCAAUUUCACACUAGAGCAGCUGAAUGAGCUGGAAAGACUUUUUGAUGAGACUCACUAUCCGGAUGCCUUCAUGAGGGAGGAACUAAGCCAGAGGCUGGGACUGUCUGAAGCUAGGGUUCAGGUCUGGUUUCAGAACAGGAGAGCAAAGUGCCGAAAGCAGGAAAACCAGAUGCACAAAGGUGUGAUACUGGGAACCGCCAGCCAUUUAGACGCCUGCAGAGUGGCCCCCUAUGUGAAUAUGGGAGCCCUGAGGAUGCCUUUCCAACAGGUCCAGGCGCAGCUGCAGCUGGAGGGCGUGGCCCACGCGCACCCGCACCUGCACCCGCACCUGGCGGCCCACGCGCCCUACCUGAUGUUCCCGCCGCCGCCCUUCGGGCUGCCCAUCGCCUCCCUGGCGGAGUCCGCCUCCGCCGCCGCCGUGGUGGCCGCCGCCGCCAAGAGCAACAGCAAGAACUCCAGCAUCGCCGACCUGCGGCUGAAGGCCCGGAAGCACGCCGAGGCCCUGGGGCUCUGA